UCAGAUAUUUCAUUUUAGCUAUUUAUAAGCAUAAUACUAUAGUGUUACUAUCUAAAUAAUAACCUAACAUAUCUAUAUAUUACCUGUUAGUGGGGUUUUAAUGGCUUGACUUUUAAUAUGCAUUUGUUCAUUAGUUUAAAAAUCACUAAUUUUUUUACACUCUGUAAAAUAUUUGCAUGGGAUUUUCAGCAUAUUUGUGUAACUGGUGUACUUUUUUCCUGAGUGUCAGUUUGUGUUAUAAUAUAGUCUCACAGAAAAACUCAUACCAUUCUUGUUUCCAUAAGGACAAUUUGUUAGGUGACAAGCACUGGAAAUAAAUAUCACUGAUUCCACACAUACUGAUAUUUCUUCCUAGAAAAUUUUUGUCAUGGAAAUCACAAAAUGAAAAUUGGUGCUUUUAUAUAUUCUGGAGCUCUCAAUGCAAAAUAAUUAAAUGAAAUUCUCCUUGGCUUUCUGUAAAGAUAACACCUGCAGCUGAGUGAACUUUAAUCUGGAUUCAGAAUGUUUUUGACUUUCAUUGGUUUGGUUAAUUUGGUUCGGGUUCUGGUGUGAAAAAUCUGUUCUAAUUACUUAUCGAGCAAUUGUGUUGAUCAAUUAAUUCCUUUUCCUGACAAGUUCUAAUUAUCAUGUCCCAAAUCUUUGAGUUUUUAGGAUAUUUGUAAACCACAGAGUAUUGGAUUAUUUUGCUAUUCCUAAAAAGCAAUAUAUUCAAAUAACUGCCAACCAAAGUGAUACUGUUGGGGAUUCCAUUUGUAUAUGAUGAUUAUUUAUAAUAUAAUUCUCACCACAGUCAACAAACCUGAAUAUGUUUAUUACUAACUUUGCCAAAUUUUCAACUUUUAGAAACACAAGAGUAAGUCAUUGGACCUUAAAUGAUCAUUUUGAAAUCACAGAAUUUUUGCCCUUCCACUUGUAUCUUGCACUUAAUAUAUGUAGCAAUAUUUACUGUCAUCCCAUCACAAAUAUUUAAGUGACUUAGUUAAUGGCUGAUGUUUUGUAUAAAGUAGAAUCUGUACAGAAAAAUAUAUUAGAUAAAUUGUAUUUAUUUUUUAUUAUUUUUUAGCUUAGACACUAUAUUGAUGCUCUCUUUUUGCCAGAAUUACUGGAAGUGCCUCUUGGUUUUAUAUAUAUAUAAAUAUAUUAAUAUACCAUAAAUAUAUACUCAAAAUUAUUAAAGCUGUGUCAUAGAUGAUCAAUGUGGAUGUUACAAUGUGAAGAUAAUGUAUAAUAUAAAAACAAUUCUGUGGUAUCAUGUUUGAUGUAGUUAUUUGUACAACCCAAGUCUUCCAGUCUUCUGAAGGCAUCUUUUCUCUCUCAUAUCCAUCUUCAGUGACUUGGUAGUCAACACCUCAGUAAUGAGAUCCACUGGCCAAUUUCCAAGGAACCCCUAGGAGCUUGUAAUCCCACAGUAACAACUCUCUCCCCAAUCAGUGGUGAAUUCUUAAGAUCAUCAUCAUCUUCUACCACCAACCUGUAUUGUUUCUCUAAUCAAAGAGCAUCAAAACCAAGGUGCCAAAACUUGGGCAUUCACCUUCAGAGUUCUGUAACAUACACAGUGCUGCCUUUUGUUUUAUGAAUCCAGUGCACAUCAUCCUCUACAGAUUGCCAGUGGAUGCCCAACACAUGCAAUAUUUCAUUGCACACACAUGGAAUUAUUUUUGUUCUGCAUGUUUGAAAAGCUUUAGAAUUGUUUGAAUGAUUCAAAAACAUUUUUUUUGAGAUUCUUUGGGAUUUUAUUGUGUUGAAGCCACUCUUUUUUUUUCCAUUUUAUGAUAUAAUGUGACAAGCAAUUUAACCUAAAUCCCUAGAAUCUUCUGGAACAAUUAUAUUAGCUAUUAAGCAGUUAAUUCAUAACAAUACAAAAGCAACAAAAUCAUAACUUUAGAGACAGGCAUUUGAUGUAGUGGUUGGGAUGCUGACUGGGACACCUUCAUCCUAUGUUGAAAUACUGGGACCGCUGCCCAGUCCAACUCCUGACUACCAGAUUCUUGCUGGUGCACACCCUAGAGGCAGCAGUGACAGCCCAAGUGUUUGAAUCCCUUCCAUAGAGCUGGAUUGGUGAUUCAUGAUUCUGGAUUCUCUUCCCUCCCCAAAGGUUGCUAUGCGUAUUUGGGGAGUGAAACAGCAGAUGGUACUUCUCGUCUAUCUCUGUCUCUUAAGUCAAUCAUAAAAAUAAAACAGUAAUACUUCCAUCAGUGCAUGGGCCUUCAGAGAGCCUAACAAGAAUGUGAUGGAAACUGAUAAAACUGAAUCUAAACUCUCUUAAAACUUUUUUAAUGAACUCAAAUGCAGUACUCGGAAACAAAAGCAAAAUGUGAGUGUUGCCCAAAAUUCCCAAGGAACUCUUUAAUCUACAAGUAUUGAUUUCCCCAUUACCUGUGAGAUGAAAUUUCAACUCCUAAACCUCAUAUUUUGAAAAUGAUUUUUCUUUUGUCAUUUUUUGAAAGGCAAACAGAAGUAGAUGUCCUACAUGAGUAUCAGGGACCCAACUACUUAAGCUGUCACCUGCUGCCAUCCCAUCACUUGUGCAUUAGAGGAAGCUGGAAUCAGGAGCAGAACCAGGUCUCAAACCUAGGUACUCUGAUAUGGGAUGCAAGUAUCCCAAAUAGCGUCUUGAUCACCGUGCCAAAUGCCCGGCCCAGUCUCAUAUCUUUAAAGGUCCAUUCAAUCUGGCUCAGACUAUCCAUUUCUACAAGGAACCAUCACUUAGUAUUUGUUUCUUUUUCUUAGAUGAACAGGUCAUCACUUAGAUUCUUUGUUUCUCUGGGUAUAUGUACACUCUCUAUUUCUUAGUAUGCAUGUGUAUACACACAUGAACAUACACAUUCUUCCUCACACACAUAGCACAGCAGGACAAGUUUGACUGUGUCUGCUUGAGUUUCAGAUUUCACCCCUCUCCCAGGGCUUCCCUUGUACCAUGAUGCUGUGGUCCUCAGAGCAAAGGAGACAAAGUGGAGCAGCCUAGUCUGAACUGAUUUGGUGUAAGGAAGAGAUAAAUGAUGUGGUAUUAAGAGUGAUGAUGGGUAAGUUCUAACAGAGCCUGAGAUUCAUGCUGGAGGAAGGGUGACUACAGCUGCUACCUGAAUUAGGAAACCUCAGAGAUCAGGUGAGUGUGGUAUCGAUCACACUAAUCCACACUUCAGCCCUUUGAACCACAUGGGUGGAGCUUGUGAUAUGAUCGCAAAACCCUGUUUAAUGCAAUAAAAAAAGAAGAGUUCUUUGAAAAUCUCCUUACUAGGGUAGAUUAAACAACAGUCAUGGGGUACUUGGUGUCCUGAACAUUCUUUCUGAUGCCAUCCCUGGCAUCGGGAAGAAUCCCCAGACCCACCUGUACAGAGGUCUGUCAGUGUAAUGUAUUAGUGAGUUGCCAGUGUGCCUUGUGUCCUCUGUGCUCUGGGACCACACAGAACAGGGGAGGGAGCUGGGGAGUGUUGGCUUCCUACUUUGCAGUAAGCACUCAGAGGGGUAGAAUAGCAGCUUGUCCUACAAACUAACUUAAAAUGUUUGUGCAAAAUGGAAUUAGCCAACAAGUUGGUUUUGGUACAAAGAAUUAUGAAUUCACAGCAUAUGAGGGGUCUUCAAAAAAUUCAUGGGAAAUGUGUGUUAUGGAACAAUUAUGCAUGAUGUUUCAAAACUGUUUGUGACUUUUUGAAAUACCCUAAUAGUGUCUGGCUUCUCCCUGACAGAUGCGAGAGGUGAACACACAGAAGGCUGUUCUCUCAUCUACAGGACUUUGACACUGAUACGAAUGGUAUAUGAGCUUUCCCUUUCUGCCAGAAUACAUUACCACACGCAUGAUGACUUGAACAUAAUGUGAAUGCAUUAGCUCUGUAGACGACGUUUGCUCAUCCCUGGCCUAGAGCGGCAAAGUGGAAUGUGAGACCAAGGAAAGAUACAACCCCAUGCACAGUCCUUGACCCAGAAAUGGAGGAUGUCAACAACUGCUGAUGUCUCUGAGAUUUAACUCUUUCUGCAAAGAGCUCUACAGAGCUUUGAUCUGACCUGAGAGGUGUUUCCUGCAGAUUGUAGAAUCCCAGUAGGAAAGGAAACCAUGCAGUGAUUUAACCCAACAGUGGUAAAACAAAGAACAAAAACAAACAAAUAAGCAAAACAAAAGGGUCCCAGUGAUGUCCCUAAGGAAAGGCUGGCUUAAAAGCUACUUGGAAGGAAAAGGCUGUCCCCACCUGCCAAAAUGGCUCCGAUUGCUGUGGAGUGCACCUCACUAUCCUCUUUCCAUCUGCGUUCCUGAGGUGCAGCCUCUGGCUGUGCACAUUGGGGAACUGGCUGUCUCUGAUCACCACCUCCAGAACAGCUUCAAAGGACAUUUUCAUAAUGGAUACUUCAUCCAAAGAAAAUAUCCAGUUAUUCUGCAAAAAAUCAUUGCAGCCUGUUGGAAGUCCUUCAUUUGAAACAGAGUAUCCUUCCUCAGAGGCAAAAGAACCAUGCUGUGGUGAGCUAAAGAUGUUCCUGGGGGCCUUGUCUUUUGUUUACUUUGCAAAAGCAUUGGCCGAAGGCUAUCUGAAGAGCACCAUCACUCAGAUAGAGAGAAGGUUUGAUAUUCCCUCCUCACUGGUGGGAGUGAUUGAUGGUAGUUUUGAAAUUGGGAAUCUCUUAGUUAUAACAUUUGUUAGUUACUUUGGAGCCAAACUUCACAGGCCAAAAAUAAUUGGAGCAGGGUGCCUAAUCAUGGGAGUUGGAACAUUGUUCAUUGCAAUGCCUCAGUUCUUCAUGGAACAGUACAGAUAUGACAGAUACUCUCCUUCAUCCAAUUCCACUCUCAGCUUCUCUCCAUGUCUUCCAGAGUCUAGAAGUCAAUUAUCAAUCUCAGUUAUGGAAAAAUCAAAACCUCAAAUAGAUAAAGAAUGUGAAGCUGAUGCCAGCUCCUCCAUGUGGGUUUAUGUUUUCCUGGGAAACCUUCUUCGUGGCCUGGGAGAGACUCCCAUACAGCCUCUAGGCAUUGCCUACCUGGAUGACUUUGCCAGUGAAGACAAUGCACCUUUCUAUAUUGGGUGUGUGCAGACAGUUGCAAUUAUAGGACCAAUCUUUGGCUUCCUGUUAGGCUCAUUAUGUGCCAAACUCUAUGUUGACAUUGGCUUUGUAAACCUAGAUCAUGUAACUAUUACCCCGAAGGAUCCCCAGUGGGUAGGUGCCUGGUGGCUUGGCUAUCUGAUAGCAGGAACUGUAAGUCUUCUUGCAGCCGUGCCUUUCUGGUGUUUACCAAAGAAUUUACCAAGACCCCAAAGUAGAGAGGAGUCCAGUUCCUGCUCUGAGAAAUCCAGGUUCAUUGUGGAUGAUCAGGUCAACUACCAAACAGCUCAUGGAGAAAAAGCAAAAAUGCUGGAAAUGGCAAGAGAUUUUCUUCCAUCUCUGAAGAAUCUUUUGGGGAAUCCAGUAUACUUCUUGUAUCUGUGUGCGAGCACCAUUCAGUUCAAUUCUUUAUUUGGCAUGGUGACCUAUAAACCCAAGUACAUCGAGCAGCAGUAUGGGCAGUCAUCCUCCAAAGCCAACUUUGUCAUCGGGCUUAUCAACAUACCAGCAGUAGCCCUUGGAGUAUUCUCUGGGGGAAUAGUAAUGAAAAAAUUCAAAAUCAGUGUGUGUGGAGCUGCAAAACUCUACUUGGGAUCAGCGGUCUUUGGUUACCUCCUGUUCCUUUCCCUGUUUGCACUGGGCUGUGAAAACUUGGAUGUGGCAGGACUGACAGUCUCCUACCAAGGAACCAAACCUGUCUCUUAUCAUGAACGAGCUCUCUUUUCAGAUUGCAACACAAGAUGCAAAUGUUCAGAGACAAAAUGGGAACCCAUGUGUGGUGAGAAUGGAAUCACAUAUGCAUCACCUUGUCUUGCUGGCUGCCAAACCUCCAACAGGACUGGAAAUAAUAUCAUAUUUUAUAACUGCACCUGUGUGGAAAUUGCAACCUCUAAAUCAGGAGAUUCCUCCGGCGUGGUGGGGAGAUGUCAGAAAGACAAUGGAUGUCCCAGAAUGUUUCUGUAUUUUCUUGUGAUUUCAGUGAUUACAUCUUACACUUUAUCACUAGGUGGCAUACCUGGAUACAUAUUACUUCUGAGGUGCAUUAAGCCACAACUUAAGUCUUUUGCCCUGGGUAUCUACACCUUAGCUGUAAGAGUUCUUGCAGGAAUCCCAGCUCCAGUAUACUUUGGAGUUUUGAUUGACACUUCCUGCCUCAAAUGGGGAUUUAAAAGAUGUGGAAGUAGAGGAUCCUGCAGAUUAUAUGAUUCAAAUUCUUUCAGACACAUAUACCUGGGAGUAACCCUAAUACUGGGUACAGUGUCCAUUUUCCUAAGCUUUGCAGUGCUUUUCAUUUUAAAGAAAAAAGAUGUUUCAAAGCACAGAAGUUUCAUAGCCAAGAGAGAAAGAACAAUGGUGUCUACAAGAUUCAGGAAGGAAAAUUCUAUUCCAAGUGACCAUCUGCUUCAGCCCAACUGCUGGCCAGGCAAGGAAACGCAACUCUAGGAAAAUGAUUGCCGGAAGCCAUAUUUCCUAACUUGUUGAAGUUUUGCAAUGUAUUUUGAUGAAAAUGGUUUUAAAAUGUGUAAUAUCUUUUUUCUUUCAAAAAUGUCUAUAUGAUUCUGACUUGAGAUCUUAGAUAAUACACUUGAAAGUAAUAUAACUAAGUAGAACAAGAUGUGGAUGAUAGAACUAAUUUUAAGCCUUUUAAAUUUAUAUACAAAUUUCUUAUAUUAUUUACUUACCCUGCUUUACUUUGCCUUGUGCCAGUUGAUGUAUUUGCUGUAUUCCUCUUAGAACAACUGCCUCUAUUGGAUGCUGUUAUGUAUAAAGCAAUUUACAACUGAGUUAUUUGUCUAUAGUAAGAGAAAAUGUUUGAAAGAUUAAUUAACAUCUCAAGUUCCAUUGAGUUCAACCUUAAUGACGAUGUUAGACUUGAGUUAGAAUCCGUAGAUGGAGAUUUCAUUUUAAGCUCCUCAUUUCUUUUGAAAUACAAUAAUUAAUAUAGAUAAAUGUAGUGGCAGGUGCUAUUGGGAGUUGAAUUGUUUUUCUAUUCAUUUAUAUGUGCUAUUUGUAUGACACCUUUAGGGAUAGGGAACCUUUUUUCUUCUAGUGAUCAUUUGGAUAUUUAUAAGCUCAUUUGAAGACCACAUAAAGUUAUCAGCUUAAAAAAUUAGCCUACUAUAUAUUUAUUGAACUUUGAGUCCUGCCUGUGGUUGUCUUGGCAAGGCCAGACCAAAUGAUUUUGUGGCCUUAUACGGCUUGUGGAUUGGACAUUCCCUACCUUUGCAUGUGAACAUGGUUGUAAGUUAAUAAAAUGAAUGGUAACCUGU